AGCACACGGUCGUACGCCGCGUCCCUGCGUCGCGCUUAUUUUAUAUAUGCUCGUACAUUAUAAAUGAGCACGCGUUCUCCAAGCAUGACCCAAGUAUCGUGAGCCGCGCAUCACAACGUAUCGUACAGGGACAGUGCUCGAUGGCUCGAUAGAGAGGCCUCGAUUUUUCAAUACAGUGUUGCAAAUGGUUAUCGUUUGACAAGUUUCGCUCGCGGCUCAUCCAGUACGUGAUGCAGUUGAUGCGCUGGAGUAUCAUUAAUCGCAGGAGCAUGGAAAAUCAAAACGAGAAGGCGACGGUCGUCGAUCAAAUUGUCGAACAACAAAAGAAAACCAAUUGCGAGAUGAGCGAACAAACAGUCAACACAGUUGUCCGAGAGCCGAUAGGUGAUGAAAAUGAGUCACAUUCAGAUGGCGAGGGUAGCGAAGCUGCCGUCGAUCUGUCCUCGGCCAAGUCUCAAAACGAAGACGACUUGGAAGCCGACGAGCCGUUACGAAGCAAUCAUCACAACAACGCGGCGGACAUCAGCGAGAAUGCACAGGACGACGACGAGGACGAGGCCGGCGAAGGCAAGCAAGGGCCCAAACAGCAUCAGCAGCAGAAAAAAAGUCAAAAGCGCCCCUCCUCCGAGGACGAGGAGGAGGACGAGGAGGAAGACGAGCACUCGAGCAAGCGCAUGCGGCUCUGCGAGGACGCCGAGAACAAUAACAGCCUCGUCGAGGGUGGAGCCCAACCAGCGGUCGCAUUUCCCACCGCGGGAACUAGUCACGUCACUCUCGAAGCUCUCCAGAACACAAAGGUCGCGGUCGCCCAGUUCGCGGCUACGGCCAUCGCCGCGGGCGCCGACACGGAGGAGACAAUACGAGAGUUCGCCGCCCUACAGAGCACCCUCUUCACGCUGCAGCACCAGCAGGUUUUUCAAUUGCAGUUGAUCAAUCAGCUGCAGGCUCAGCUGCAAAUGGCGGCGGUCAACGAGCAGGCCAAGGAGCAGGCCAAGAACAGCGAAUCUUCGGCUGCCGAGGCCAACAAUAGCAGCAGCGCAGCCGCCACCGCGGAGAGCAGCAAGGAACCGUCGCCCUCGCCGAUUCUGCCGAUAAUCAUGCCCAAGCCGCUCUCGUCUCUGACGUCGCCCGCGCACUCGAGGCCGUCGAGCCAACACCAGGAACCACCGCCGCAGUCGAGCUCGCCCCCGACGAACCCGGACAGGCCGAGUAUCGCGCGCGCCAAGAGCCGCUCGCCGCCGAUGCAAGCGCGCCCCAGCGUCACCAGCCCGUCGAAUCUUCCGAUUUUGGCGCCACCGUCGCAUCAGGUGCCGGCUCUGUGCUCCAUCAGCUCGUCUCUGGCGUCGACCAUCAUCACGAACAACGAUCCGAUGCCUCUGAACGAGCCGAACACAUUGGAGGUUCUGCAAAAGCGCGCCCAAGAAGUUCUCGACAGUGCCAGCCAAGGCCUUUUGGCUAACAACUUGGCCGACGAGCUGGCGUUCCGAAGCUCCGGAGGCAAGUCCCGCCUAUCUCCGUACGAUAAAGGUAACGGGCGCGGAGAACCCUUUUUCAAGCAUCGGUGUCGAUAUUGCGGAAAAGUUUUCGGGAGCGACUCGGCCCUGCAAAUUCACAUCAGAUCUCACACUGGAGAGAGACCAUUCAAAUGUAACAUAUGCGGUAGUCGAUUUACAACCAAAGGUAAUUUGAAGGUACACUUCCAGCGACACAAAGAGAAGUUCCCCCACGUGAAAAUGAAUCCCAAUCCGAUUCCGGAACACUUGGAUAAGUACCAUCCGCCUCUAAUUCAGCAAAUCGUAAAUCGCAAUGUGAAUUCAUCGCCUCCGAUACCAGUUGGACCAAUGGCUGCCAUAACCGGCCCUAGUCCAUACGGAGCUCCAUUUUUGCCGCCUCAGGGACCUUCCAUCAAUGCGUUACCUGGUAAUUUUUUUCGGCCACCCAUGAUGAAUCCGAUUCAACCUCGAGAGAUGCCUCAUCAGCCGAUCAACUUGGAACAAGAUAAACCGGCCGACUUGAGUAUAUCUUCCAACAACGUUGAAGCCGUCUCCCCAGCACAUUCGCCUGUCCCCCAAUCGAAUCCCAAUAAUUCAAUGUCGAUGAAUGAAAAGCCAAAGCCAAUGGAUGAAUCAACCGAAGAGACGGUUAAAAGGGAGGAAGAACGUCCAGCGAUGGACACCAGUGAUUUUCGGCAACAUCAGCAGCAGCAGCAGCAGCAACAGCAAACCCAGGAGCAAACCUCCGCGGAUAACGAGGCUUCCGAACGCAUAAUGCCGAAAAACGAGCCCGAAGACGUAGAGGAGACAAACGAGGAGGAGGAAUUCGAAGGCUCGACCAAUCAGCCCAGCAACAGUCAAGCCUUCGAGGAUUGCAGUAUGGAUAGCAAAAGAAGCAUGAGUCGCGAUAACGAAGACGACGAUUGCGACGAUCAGCCGGAGAACCUCUCGAGUCGAGCCAAUCCGGCUUCGAUGCUGCAACAGUCGAUGACCUAUCCCGACGCCUCGCCCGCCGGCAGCAGCCACAGCGGCAGCAGCGGCAGCAUGCAGACUUCCUUCGCUAACAUAUUGUUUCCGAAUCUGCCGCCACACACGACGCAACUCGCAGGCCACCCGACCGCUGCGAGUCAGAACAUGAGCAUGAGCAUGGCUGGAGGAGGCGGCGGCGGCCCGGAAACGAUAGAUCCAGCCCGCGAUCCAGCCAUCUACUCGAAUCUGCUGCCCCGGCCGGGUAGCAACGACAACUCCUGGGAGAGCCUCAUCGAGAUCACCAAGACGUCCGAGACGUCGAAGCUGCAGCAGCUCGUCGACAACAUCGAGCACAAGCUGACGGACCCGAACCAGUGCAUCAUUUGCCAGCGCGUGCUCUCGUGCAAGAGCGCCCUGCAGAUGCACUACAGGACGCACACCGGCGAGCGGCCCUUCAAGUGCAAGAUCUGCGGCAGGGCCUUCACGACCAAGGGCAAUCUCAAAACGCACAUGGGCGUGCACCGAGCCAAGCCCCCGAUCAGGCUGCUGCAUCAGUGCACGGUAUGCCACAAGAAAUUCGCCAACGCCUUCGUCCUGCAGCAGCACAUCAACCUCCACACCAACGACCCGACCGAGCUGACGCCCGACCAGAUUCGCGCCGCCGAGGUGCACGACUUCCCGCCGGCCGGAUACCCCCCGCUGGCGGCUUUCCUGCCACAAGGCUUCCCGCCGCUUCAUCCGGCGGCGGCCUUUCCCCUGGGCUUUCCCGGCCCCAUGAACAACAUGGAGCACUCGGGCCUCGACGUGGACGAGCGCGACUCGGUCGACUCGCUGCAGAGGCAGCAGCUGCAACAGAUUCGCCAGCAGCAGGCGCGCAUGCUCGGGGAACGAGAGCAGGUCUACGAGCUCGACGACGAGGAGGACGACAGACGCCAGGAGAACGACGAGAGGUGCGACGAUCGCAGCAGCGACGGCGACGACAAAGACAACGGCAAGUACGCGAUGGAGAAGCAACGCAGGUCGAGCCCAUCCGCCACGGUGACGUCCAACUCGCCGCCGAUGCAGCGCUACAACGGCAGCGAGCGCAGCGACAGUCCCGUCAACAACGCGCCCAACGUCUCGUCGGCGCCGCUGGACCUGACGCCGAGGGCCUCCUCGACGCCGGCUUCGGUGAGCCCAGCCCCACAGUCGCCCCAGUCCCAGCAGUCGCAGCAGGCCCCGCCGCUGCCCAGCACGGCGCCCGCCACCCCGACCAGCGUCGCCUCGAAUCCGGUCGCGGCCGCGGCCGCGGCAGCCGCUGCGGCGGCCCAUCCGGCCUUCGGCAUGUUCGCCGGCCUGCUUCAGGCCGUGGGCUCGGCUCCGGGUGUCGUGCCCGGGGUCGUGCCGCCCAACGCCGUGAGUCCCGGCCCGGCCGGAAUCGGCCCACUGGCCUCACUCACCAACAGAGCCGCUACGGCCACCUCCAGUUUCAACCCGCUCGGGCUCGCGGUUGGCGGCUCGGCAGUACGCGGCAAUACAACUUGCAACAUCUGCUACAAAACGUUCGCGUGUAAUUCAGCCCUGGAGAUUCAUUACCGUAGCCACACGAAGGAGCGGCCCUUCAAGUGUUCUAUCUGCGACCGAGGCUUUUCGACAAAGAGCAACGAAGUAGACGUGACGCUCACGGGCAAGAGAUUGGAUAAGUGUCGUUGCGCCGAGCGCGCGCGACGCAGCGCACGCGAAAAAGCUCGCAGGAGACGGAAGGCCGAGGAACGGCUUCGACUCCAAGGGCGGACGGCAGCUAACAUUAACGGCGCUAAUGCAAAUAAUGCAAGCUUGCUUAAGAUGAUCGGCAAUGCUAACGGGGGCAGUGGUGGCGCUCAUAGGACCCAUGCUAUUAACCAGCUCUAUGGGGACCUCGUCAGCCUGCCCCCGAUCGUCGGCCGUAUCGAGCCGUCCGCCCUCGGAGGUCUGCUGAGUUCCGAUACUACCGUCUUCCUGGGAAAUAUGAAACAACACAUGUUGACUCACAAGAUCCGCGACAUGCCUCAUCAUCUAUUCGGUGACUCGAAAUCUCGAGACUCUCAACCACCGCAGCAAGCUCCACCUCCCCCGCCUCCGCCACCACCUCCGAGCUCAUCGUUACUGCCCACCCUUCAGGUGCAGGUUGUACCACCGCCCCCUAUGCCAGUGGUGUCGCAACCGCAAAUACCCUCUCAAGGUCAAAUGCAGCAACAACAGCAACAGCAGCCGUUGUUAUCGACGACGCUUCAACAGCAGCAGUCCUUGUUACCCGCGACGAUGCAUCAUCAUGAGGCCUCGCACCUCCAACGCGAACAAUCCCGAAGUCCUAUUUCGUCAGCCGAUGAAGGAAACAUGACGUCCAUUCCUCAACAGUCACCCGAUGCCGGUUCCGUUAAGAAGAAUUCUGUGCUGGAUAACGACAAGAGAUCACCGAGCAUGCCCAGCAACAAGCAUUUGUGCCAGGUUUGCAAUAAGAAUUUCUCCUCGUCCUCGGCGCUUCAGAUCCACAUGAGAACGCACACCGGUGACAAGCCUUUUCAGUGCACCAUCUGCCAGAAGGCCUUCACUACCAAGGGCAAUCUUAAGGUACACAUGGGUACGCACAUGUGGACCAACGGGGCAUCUCGUCGAGGACGGCGCAUGUCAUUGGACAUACCAUCGCUCCCAAUCUCGCCCAAGGACUCAGAAUUUCUGCAGCGAAGGCCGGACCUUUUCUAUCCGUAUCUACCCGCGCCCUUCCUUAAUGGUGUGCCCCCACAAAAGUUGAACGAGAUGCCAACGGCACCGGGGAGCAACGGCCUCGGCCUACCAGCCGGCACUAAUCACACCAAGUACGCCGGCCUCUUCGGCUCGGUGUACGCGGCCGCGGGCUUCCCGUCCAGCAACGAGCUCGCGGCGAUGAAGUCUCAACUGGCGCCUCACCAUCAGCACCAUCAGCGUCUGCAGCAACAUCAGCAGAUGCAUCACAAUCCUCAUCAUCCUCUGGGCGGCGCCAAUGGACCAGUGGCCGACGGCAUUCUGGGGCCAAAGUCGAUGCUGUUCCAAAGUCAUCCGGGAGCGGCCAGUCCACCGUCGCCGUCGCACUCGCCGAUCGUGCCCGGCAGCUGGAGCAGCGUCGUGACCGAAGGUAUGAAGCACCAUCAUCAGCAGCAGCAGAGGAUACUGCAAUUCGAGCGCGAGCAGUCGGUCGUACCCAGGCCGGACAGUCCAGCCACGGCUGCUGGUUCUCCGCCGAGAUUGCCACCGACCGCGACGAGAGAAGGAUUGGCGGCUUAAACAAAUUUCGAGAUUAAACGGCGAAAAAAAUUCAUAAAACUACGACGAAAUUCAUCUUCUGAAUUGAAAGAGUGAAAGACUCGCACGGACUGAAAAGCGCAUUUUCUGCGAUAAUAGAAGAUUGUGUUACGUAAUACUUUCGAUCGUAUAUGACAUUAUGAAUGUAUGUUAUGAAUCGGUGCAGGCGUUAUUUAUAUAUAGCACAUAUAUCACGGCAAAAAAUGAUAAAUGUCCAGUCUAUACUAACUAUCGAGAGCAUAUUAUAAAUACAAAAUAAUUUCCCCGCCCCCUCAGCCUAUGUCUUCCUUCGUUGUACAUUGUCUUAACAAGCGACGAAUAUAUGCUUUUUCAGAUCGUCGGACGUUUUUGCGAGUUCGUAUAAAUGCUAGAAUUAAGACGAUUUCAUAUAUAUGUAGCAUCGGCGAAGACAGAAUGUUCCUAUUAUCACACUAGUCUAAAAAAAAAGCAAAAACACUGUACAGAGGCAGGCUGACGAAAAAAAUGGAGGGAGAGAGUCUCGCCGUUUUACGUAUAUAUAAUAAAUCUUAUCAAUCAGAGGAUCGGUAUUCUGCAAUCGUUUUCGAAUAGUUUAAUAAAACUCGUUUUUCUUCGUCGACAAAAUGACAAACUGUGACAAUAUUGCGUAGGUAUAUAAUUUUUUUCUGUUUCGAAAGUAUCCAAGUAGAUCAUACAUUCCAAUUUUAUAUACGAUUAUCUCAUACCAGUAAUUUUCUUUUAAAUAAUUUUUGUUUAUGGUCUUCACCACAUAUUGAAUAACCGCAGUACUUCGAUACUUUUAUUGAGGAAAAAAAUACGUCGGAUUUCAAUUAGUUGAUUGUAAACAAAUGCAUUAGACUAAAUGUAGAAAUAAUUUUUUAGUACAGAAUAUUCGGUCGAAUAAUUUAUUUCCAUUGAUAUACGUUAACAUGACAAUCAACGUUGAAAUUGCCAUCGUCGAUUCGCUCGAUAUCGGAGGCCAAACACGAUUCAUGUAUCCAUAUUAUCAUUUCAGACUGAUGAUUUCACGAGAGAAGAAAACAAUUUCUUAAUCUGCAAAUUGGCCUCCCGUAUCCGACCGUCUAAUUAUUAUGUUUUCACUAUUAUCAUUACAAAAAAAACGAAAAAUAACGACGAUACAUCAUUUUGCUCUCCUCUCACGUAAUUAUUCUAGAUUCGUCCUAAUUGUAUAUUGAAUAUACAUACUUAUAUUGAAACUGGUAACUUAGGAAACACAAGCGGAAAAUUUAUAAUACCUUUGAACACAUUUGGAAACACACGUACACACACAUUUGUAUACCAACGAUUCGAAUGCGAAUGAUCUACGGGUGUGAUAUUAUAAGACAUAUAUAUAUUAUACAUAACACAAGAUAAUUAAAGAAUAUUAUCGAUCAUUGUUUUUAAAAUUUAAGUAUAAAUAAACAUAAGUAACGAUUAAUGAAAAUUUUGGCGCUAAGCAUGCUCUCUGAAAUUUGUAUAAUAUUGAACAAAAUAGAUAAUUAUUAUAACUAUCAUUAUUACUAAAAUAAAUAAAUUAUAAAUCGAAGCGGGCCCGGCAGCGCCCCUCGCUGUGAUAUGAGAGGAGCAGCCUGCAAUCACUAAACCAAUGUACUUAUAUCUUGUAUCAUAUAGUAUUAUGUAUGUUUAUUAUGAAAAAAAACGAAAAAACGACAUUUAUUCGUACGAAUAAAACGAAUAUUAUAAAGCAAAAAUGGCGAAAUGGCAUUCGAUGCAAACGCAAUUUAUUAAAUUACGUUCGAAAAUGUUACCCAUCGAGGUACCUAUCAUAUAUUUUUUAUUUAUAAUAAUCAAUCAAAAAUCUUGUUCAUUAUGAAGCACGAGCCUUUCAUUAUUCAUUUGAAUACGUUUUUUUAAACUCCUGCAGUUUUUAUUUUUAAUACUUAGAUUAAACGUGGCUCUGCGAUGAUUUUCCUUAAUUCAAUAUUAACUUAGUUUUUACAAUGGAUAAAUGAACGAAAACCAAAGUAUACAUUAUUUUUUUAUAGUUUCUCAUGUAAAGUUUGUUUUAGAUAGCUUUAUUAGAAUAAACUCGCAUUUUUUGCCUAGAAAAUCUUUUAGAGAAUUGAUAGAAAGCUACACACGAGAGUGAAAUGCAACUGCGUUUAUAUUGUGCAAUUAUAAGAGAAUUCUUGAUGGUUAUACUGCAUAGUUUAAUUGUAAUUUGUACAUCUUUCGACACAAGGGCAGUAUAAUGAGAUUUAUAGUUUUAAAUAACGAGUCGGUGGGGUUACAAUGAGCGUGAAAUAUUAUCUCAAAAAUAUUUGUUUCCAUAAGUUUUGUUGAAAGAAGCUAAUAGCUUUAUGCAUUAUUAAUGUGUGCGUAAAAAGUGCACUAACACUUUUUAAAGGCAUAUCGUCAAAUUUGGUACUUCGAUAAUGUUUGUAUAAGUACAAGUUUAUCCAAUGUGUAAUAAAUUUAAAAAAUUUUAAAAUAAUAUGAUGUAUAAAUACAAGCUUAAUCGGAUGGCAACAAUUUUUUGUAAAACAAGCUAGAUUUAAGAAAAUAUACUCAUGUGAAUCGUCCGAUAAAAUAGUCAAUAUAUUCCUAUUCAAAGAAAAUGAUCUUGCGUUUUUAUCGGACAAAAUUUUCCAAUGAGAACUUACUUAUAUCAAAGAAAUAUCGAUUCUGAAUCAUAAUAAUACGAGCAUCAACUGACAAAAAACGAUAAAGUGUAAAUGCUGGUGCUCUGUUAACAAAUCCACUGGUAUCGCGCUACAUAAAAAGUAACAAAAAGAAUAAAAAUUAGCAGCUAAUGGAAAAAUCAAACUCGUGUGAAAUAGAACAUUUUUUGAUAACAUGCAUAAUCGAACGUUUGUAAGAAUGAAUGGUGUACACGAAGCACGUACAUAAUUUUUGUAAAUAAUAUGAAACGAGAUUUCCAGAUUGUGUGACUGCGUGCCAAGUAACACAAGAUUACACAAAAUUAUAAAUUGAUAUACACAUUAUAAACUAAAACUACCAAUAUUAUCACGCGUAUAGGAUAAUAUAUAUAUUUAUAAUUAAUUUAUAGCAAAGAAAAUAAAACUUGCAUAAUGAUAUGACGAUGAACACUGUGAAUAUUAGAAGUAUUUGAAUGUGAUUGUGUAUGAAUGGUAAAAAGAGAUUAAAACGGUUAGCUGAAAACAACAAAAAUAAAAUGAAUCGUUUGCUUCAUUGAUUUUGCGUUUCAAAAAAAUCUUGUAAAUAUUGUAUAAUUCGUGUAUAAACAUGACUAUU